AACAUAACUGACUGACUUUUUCAUCUUCACUCAGGGAGAAAAUGGCCUCCCAUUUGGAGAAUGAUCUCUCCUGUUCUGUCUGCAGUGCCAUCUGUAAAGAUCCUGUUGUUCUGUCAUGCAGCCACAGCUUCUGUGAGGAUUGUCUGAAGAGCUGGUGGACGGAGAAACCAACACAGGAGUGUCCAGUUUGCAAGGAAAGGCCUUUACUGAGUGAUUCGCCAUGUGACUUGACCUCAAAGAACCUGUGUGAGGCCACCUUACUGGAGAGAGAUCAGAGAGCUUUAGAGUUUCUCUGCGGUCUGCACUCAGAGAAACUCAAACUCUUCUGUCUGGACCAUCAGCAGCCAGUGUGUCUUGUCUGCAGAGAUUCGAAAACACACAACAACCACAGAUUCAGACCCAUCGAUGAAGCUGCACAGGAUCACAAAGCGGAGCUGCAGAAAUCCCUGAAGACCUUAAAAGAGAAACUGAAGCUGUUUGAACAAGUUAAAGAUGACUUUAAUCAAACAGCAGAGCACAUUAAGGUCCAGGCCCGACACACAGAGAGGCUGAUUAAGGAGCAGUUUAAGAAACUUCACCAGUUUCUACAAGAGGAAGAGGAGGCCAGGAUUGCUGCUCUGAGGGAGGAAGAGGAGCAGAAGAGUCAGAUGAUGAAGGAGAAGAUUGAGGCUCUGAGCAGAGAGAUAGCAGCUCUUUCAGACACAGUCAGAGCCACAGAGGAGGAGCUGAGAGCUGAAGACGUCUCAAUCCUGCAGAACUACAAGGCUGCAGUGGAAAGAGUCCAGCAGCGCCCCCUGCUGGAUGAUCCACAGCUGGUCUCAGGAGCUCUGAUAGAUGAGGCCAAACACCUGGGCAACCUGACCUUCAACAUCUGGAAGAAGAUGAAGGACAUGGUCUCCUACACUCCUGUGAUUCUGGAUCCAAACACUGCUCAUCCAGAACUCAUCCUGACUGAAGAUCUGACCAGUGUGAGACACGGAGAAAGACAGAAGCUUCCUGAAAACCCAGAGAGGUUUGACAGUUACUGUAUUGUACUGGGCUCUGAGGGCUUUAACUCAGGGACUCACAGCUGGGAUGUUGAGGUUGGAGACAAUACAGCCUGGUUUGUUGGUGUGGCAGCAGAAUCUGUCCAAAGGAAGGGAGGUGUAAAGUCUGGAUUGUGGCGAAUAGGGUCAUAUGGUGGUAAAUAUACAGCAGUUUCCCCAUCACAUCCUGCUGUUCUCUCGGUUAAGAAAAAGCCCCAGAGGAUCAGAGUCCAUGUGGACUGGGAUAAAGGGCAACUGUUAUUCUCAGAUGCUGAUACUAAGACACACAUUCACACCUUCACACACACUUUCACUGAGAGGGUGUUUCCAUAUAUCAGUAAUGGGAAUAAACACCAACUAAAAAUAUUACCAUGGAAGGUCUCUGUAAAACAGCUUAGUCAGGGAUGAAGAUGUGGUAUGAACAGCGAUCAUUUCUUACAUGAGAAUACCGAACAAUUAUAGGUUAUUUGAAGGUAUGUCAUUUCCCUUAAAUACAUUAUAUUCGCUG